UCCAGUCACUUCACAAAGGUCAGAGAAGGGACGGGUGCUCAUCUGUUUUGAUCUGCUUUGUGCUUGUUUACUUGUUUCUGCAGUGCGCUUGUAGUCACAGAAUCAACUUGUUGUACUGCUGCAGUGUCUGCUGCUUAAUCGAUUUUAUUGGACUAAUCCUGGACGAACGUCCACGAAAGAGGCCCAGAUUAGGGUCCGAUAAUUCAGUGAUGGAAUCACAUUCUGAACAUAAAAAUGGAAUGAAAAAACCGCCACUCGGAUCAGGACUUAAGGGUUCGGCUGGUCCAAAAAAACUAACCAUUAAAAAUUUCAAAGCCAAGCCACGGUUACCUCAAGACUAUGAGAAAAUAGCAUGGCAGAAGUUAGAAGAAGCCGUAUCUGCAAUUCAUAGGUCAUCGUUCAUCAGAUAUAGUUUAGAAGAAUUAUACAAGGCUGUGGAAAAUUUAUGUUCUCAUAAAAUAUCACAAACUCUAUAUGAUCAGCUCAAAGUUGUUUGUGAAAAACAUGUCCAACGACAACUGGACUUAUUUUCUGAAGAUAGUGAUAGUGAAGCAUUUCUGGUAAAAUUGGACAAACAAUGGCGUGAUCACUGCCAACAAAUGGUUAUGAUUCGUUGCAUAUUUCUUGUGCUUGACCGAACAUAUGUUCUUCAGAAUUCAAUGAUACCUUCAUUGUGGGAUCUUGGACUUGAAUUAUUUCGAAUGCAUGUUAUGAGUAACGGAAGCGUUAAAGAUCGAUGCGUUAACGGACUUCUGGAUCUUAUUAAACGAGAACGCAAUAGGGAUGCUGUAGAUAGAAGUUUAUUACGCAGCUUAAUUUCAAUGCUCAGUGAUCUCCAGAUGUACCACAGAACAUUUGAAGACAAAUUUCUUGACGAAACGAGGAAAAUGUACGCAGCUGAAGGUCGGGACAGAGUUCAAGAAUUUGAUGUACCAGAAUAUCUUCAUUAUGUUGACAGGAGACUCAGAGAAGAAAAAGAAAGAUGUAUAACAUACCUUGAUCAAGGAACACAAAAAUCCUUAAUUUCUUGCGUUGAAAGAGAACUUAUAUCCGAACAUGUUGCAACAAUUUUACAAAAAGGUCUUCACAGUCUACUCGAACAAAAUAGAUUAGAUGAAUUAAAACUUAUGUACUCACUCCUCAUGAGGGUUAAAUUAGGACCGGACUCGCUUUGCACUCAAUUCAACAAAUAUGCGAAGACAAUCGGCUCAAAUAUAGUAUGCAAUUCAGAGAAAGACUCAACGAUGGUUCAGGAUUUACUCGACUUCAAAGACAAAAUGGACACGAUUACUAAAUCUUGUUUUGCACAAAAUCAAAAAUUCGUCGAUUCGCUGCGAGAAGCGUUUGAGACUUUCAUAAAUAAAAGACAAAACAAGCCUGCGGAACUAAUUGCCAAAUAUGUUGAUUUACGAAUGCGAGCCGGCAACAAAGAAGCGUCUGAAGUUGAACUUGAUAAGAUUCUCGAUAAAAUAAUGGUUGUUUUCAGAUUUAUUCAUGGAAAGGAUGUUUUCGAAGCGUUCUACAAAAAAGAUUUGGCGAAACGUUUGCUUGUUGGUAAAAGUGCGAGCGUUGAUGCGGAAAAAUCAAUGCUGUCGAAACUUAAGCAAGAAUGUGGCGCACAUUUCACCGGGAAACUUGAAGGCAUGUUUAAAGACAUGGAACACUCGAGGGAGCUCAUGGUUCAGUAUAAACAGCAUCUCAUCACUCAGAAUCAAACGAGUAACAUAGAAAUGGGAGUCAACAUAUUAACAAUGGGAUACUGGCCAACAUAUAACCCAAUGGAUGUUCAUUUACCAGCCGAAAUGGUCAAAUUGCAAGAACAAUUUCGGAAAUUUUACCUUGGCAGACACUCAGGACGUAAACUCACUUUUCAGCCAACUCUAGGAUUUUGUGUAUUGAAGAGUAAAUUUAAACUCGGAAGUAAAGAAUUGCAAGUCUCUUUAUUACAAUGUCUUGUUCUUCUAUUAUUCAAUGAGGGGGAUAGUUUUAUUUAUGAACAAAUACAGAAAGCGACAGGAAUUACUAACGAAGAACUCCGUCGCACAUUGCAAUCGCUCGCAUGCGGUAAAGCGAGGGUCCUUACAAAGAUUCCUAAAGGCAAAGAAAUCAACGAUGGAGACACAUUCACGUUCAACAAUGAUUUUAAACAUAAACUCGUGCGAAUCAAAAUAAAUCAAAUUCAAAUGAAAGAAACCGUUGAAGAAAACACAAGUACAACCGAAAGAGUUUUUCAAGACAGGCAAUAUCAAAUAGAUGCAGCAAUCGUACGAAUCAUGAAAAUGAGAAAAAGUUUGUCUCACACACUUUUGGUGUCGGAACUAUUCGAGCAACUUAAAUUUCCAGUCAAACCUCCAGAUAUGAAGAAGCGGAUAGAAAGUCUAAUUGAACGUGAAUACAUGGAAAGAGAUAAAGACAAUACUAAUUUGUAUCAUUACAUGGCGUAGAAAAGGGCAAUUGACGUUUUGUCGAGUGUAACUUUGUGCACUUCCAUUUUGUAUUGUACAAUAUUUGCCAUUUCAUACCUUUUGGAUUCAAAAAUUUCUUUUUUUUACGCAAUAUUGAAAAUAUUGUAAAGUUCACUUGAUUUUGUGAAAGCGCAUGAAAGAUAUAAUCUUUCUGGGUAAGAACUGCUUGCUUCAAGAAACUGUUCCAGUAUUGUUUGUGUUUCAUUUCCCUCAAGUUUGUAUUCGGUGUCUUGGUUAGUGAAGAUUGAACCAGCAAAUCUAAAAAAAAUAGCAACCUGCGGCCCACAAAGAAAAACCGAGCGGCCCGUGGUAAAUUGCCGAUUUUGAAUGCCUGCGAAACUAGUUUAUAAUUUGGUUUAAUCUGGUAUGUGGUAAUUCCAAUUCCUCUGUGUUGCAAAGCUUAUACCUGGCUCAAAAUUUUUUUCAACCUAUGACGCUACAAAGCUCUAGCAGAUAGCUUGUGUGAAGCGAACGACACGUGUCAUUAGAUCGAUAACUAAAACUUUUGUGCGUUCAACUUCUAGAAAGCCUAUGUUUAAUAAAGGCAUGGCCCAUGGUUUCAGUCAGUUAUUUGUAUCUGUCAGUUAUUUAAAGGUUGCACACCCCUGGUUUUAAACUAUAAACUUUCAAUGAUUUGUAUCUAAUACCAGCAAACCUUUUCUUCACAUUAAGGUUUACUUUGUUUUUUAGCUCUCUCAGCUAAUACAUAAUGCAUUUGUUACCUUUUAUUGCCUCAUAGUGCAUGACUUUGGGUCAAAGGUCAGUUGUGUGAAUGUCUGGUUGCUGAAGUUCUCUUCCAGUAUACAACUGUUGUGAAAUACUCACGAGUAGUUCAAAUUAAUAACGAAUGGAACUUUUGAAUAUCAAUAAAAAUGUGUAAAUUUUGUCAAUAUGUCAACAUGCUUCUUGAAAUUUACUUCUGUGUUUCUCCAGAUUUUGUUUUUGCUGUAAAAAUAUACGGCUUGUCAUAAAUGUGGCUGGUCAUAUACAG